UGGUGCAGGCCAUUUUACAUUUAUAUUAUAUUUAAAUAUUUUAUCGCGGGAUUACAUCGCGAUUGUGUAAGAAUUCCGCACCGUUCGAGAUUGAAUCUGAUUCACUGUGCUGCGAAUGCACGACGAAAGUUUCACGGUUACGUUCGAGCGUGGAGGAAAUCAAGGAGAACGACGUUAAGAUGACGUCGUCGCCGAUAACUUGUAGUCAGAACGAAGAAUCGCCGGGGUGGGGCCUCCGCUCGUGAAUUCGCUGCCGUAAGCCGUUCGUUUCAGUUUGAAAGUGCGCGUGGAUCGGUCGCGAGCGUUCCACACGAGCGCCUCUCGAAUGUGGAAUUCCACGUGAAUAGAAUCCACCUGCGUGUCAAAAAUGUGAAAAAGGUGAGAACGGGCGGAUCACGGAUGACACAGAGAAAAAUGGUGCGCCACGCGCGGUUGUUGUUCUCGGCCAUCGUUGUUCUACUGCUACGUAAAGACUCGACAGCUCUGAAGCCAACCAUAGUAGCGGAGGCUGACGAGAUUAUAAAAGAUGAAGGCGAUUCGUUGGUCUUGGUGUGCACAGGCGACUCGGAGAUCUUUUUCGUUUAUCCCGCGGACACGGACGAGAUCAUCACCUCGACGCCUGAUAUAAACGAUUACGAGGAUGCUGGUAGCUACACUUACGAGUUUCGACGACGCCAGCUCGUCUACGGAGACACUGGCUGGUACGGUUGCGCCGAUCAUCCGUUUUCAGCUACCACGGAAUCCUACGCUGACGCUGACAUCAAUUGGGUGUACGUUUACGUCCAGUCAAACACGAGCUUAUUCGCGGAAGAGGCUACGUUCAGAUCGCUGCGUGAAAUUACUGGUGGAACAGUUAUCAUACCUUGCAGACCAACAUCACCGAACCUGACCGUUCAUCUUACGAACGAUGAAACAAGCGUCAACUUCAACGACAGACUGUCUUACGAUCCGAGGAUUGGAUUUACGCUGACGAACCUAACGCUCAGAGACAGCGGUUACUUCAAAUGCACGAUAGAAUCGGACAGUGCGAAGGACGAGGCCAAUUAUAAUUUACUUGUUCUCCGCAAGCAAACGUUGAACGAGCUAAAAAUUUUGGACGACACUUUGCACCACGUGACACGAGGUCAAACUCUGUACGUGAACUGUACCAUCGAUGUCGACGCGGACAUGCAGUAUGUUUUCAAUUGGUCGACACCUCUGCAAAGCAACAGGAUCUCGAUCCACGACUACAGUAAAAUAUACGGCGCGAACGUUCGACGAGCUACCAGCGAAUUAGUCAUAAGAAACGUGACCGACGAGGAUGAAGGCACUUACGAAUGUAGCAUUAAGAUAUUCCAAGAUGGCAGAAAGACGCAGAAGUAUAUCAAGGUGCACGAUCCGGAGAACAAAUUCAUUAAUCUAACGGCGCAGGAUGCCGACCGCCAUUAUCAACGCCGAUACGGUAACGAAGUACAAUGGGUCGUAUACGUGCACGCUUAUCCUCAACCCCAUCUAAAAUGGUUGAAUCCAAAGGGGGAGGAAAUUGUGGGGAACUGGAUGGGGCCCGAGAAAGCAAAGUACGCGAUCAAUAUGACGCCCACCUCGACGAUCCUAAGGAUCAAUCGUUUGGACGUGAACGACAUGGGAGUAUAUUCCAUCCAGGCUAGCAAUUCCGACAGAAUCGAGACGCUGAACUUCACACUGGACGUGAUAGCCAAACCGAUACCAUUUUUGAUUGUUGGAAACUCCUACUAUAUGCCUAAUCAACUGGUGCACAUGAGGUGCAACGUGGCGGCGUUCCCGGAACCGAACAUCACGUGGAGUUACUUGCAGUGCCCUUUCUAUCCCUCCUCUAAAAAUGCGUUCACCAUUCCCAUAACGAACACGAUAGAGCAAGGAAUGACAACGUCGUUUUACUCGAGAGCAGAAAUGACCAUAGCAAUGUCCGGCAAACUAACGUGCACGGCUUGCAACAUCGUCGGAUGCGAUUCUGCGACCGAAAACAUACUUGUAUCCGACGGGAAUGGAGGAUUCAGCAUAAUGGAACCAAAGGAGCCAGUGUCGGAGGGUGACGAUUUCACGUUAGUUUGCGCUUCCUCCAUUUACAAUUACACGAACUUCUUCGAAUGGAGCAACGAAGAUGGCACUCCUAUUCUAGAAAACAAUAGACUGAGGAUCGUUCCGAGCAAUACUCAGUUCACUUAUCGAUCGACUCUGACGAUAAAGAACGUGAAGAAAGAGGACUCGAAAUACUAUGUUUGUACCGGAAAAACCACCGACAAUGUUAUGGAAAGUAUGGAGUAUAAUUUGCAAGUGCAAGAUGCACUGGCACCUUCUUUCAAUAAUACUAACAUGAAAGACGACGAAGUGUCGAUCGAUCUGAAUACUCAGGGUGACAAAACACUGAUUCUCAAAUGUUUCGCGAACGGCAUGCCUAAACCGAAGAUCAGUUGGUUCAAGGACAAAACAAAAUUAGAGAACAGCACUCAAUAUCAGUUUCUCUAUGGCUAUCAAGAAUUUCACAUAAAAUAUCUCCUGGAAAAAGACAGUGGAACCUAUUCGUGUCGCAUAGAAAACCGUAUAGGAAAAUUGGAAGCCCGUCGACUAAUAACAAUAAAAGGGAGAGGGCUUCCGAUAGGACUGAUCAUAUUAAUCGUCAUCUUGGUUCUCAUUGUUAUAGUUUUAACGAUCUACUUUUCGAUCAAAGUCCGUCGCGAGAAGAUCAUGAGGAAGGAACUAAUGGAAGCGGGAUUGAUGCACUUCGUGGAAGGAGCUGUUGAGUGUUUGAAUCCGGAAUCGACCGUGGACAAUCAAGCAGAGCUGCUUCCUUACGAUAAGAAAUGGGAGUUCCCUAGAGAAAAACUGAAAUUAGGGAAAAAACUGGGAAGCGGCGCGUUCGGUGUCGUCAUGAAAGCGGAAGCUCAAGGUAUCUGCGAAGACGAGGCAGUUACCACCGUGGCAGUGAAAAUGGUACGUCGCACGACCGACCCCACGUACGUACGUGCACUUUCCAGCGAAUUAAAGAUCAUGGUGCACCUUGGUAAACACCUGAACGUCGUCAAUCUGCUAGGAGCUUGCACGAAGAACAUUUCCAAACGUGAAUUGUUGGUAAUCGUCGAAUACUGCCGAUUUGGAAAUUUGCACAAUUAUCUACUACGUCACAGGGAUGACUUUAUUAAUCAGAUCGAUCCAACGACGGAGAUGUUCGACCCUAGUAUCGGCGUAGAUCUUCUCACCAGGUCUACCAGGGUCGGCAGUAACAACAGGAUAAAAUAUGCGGCAUUGUCAUUUUCUCCCAGCCUUAGCACAAACUCUGGCACCGAUUCGGUGCAAUAUCAAGGCACUGCUAUGGACUCUCAAGGUGCGAGCGUGUCACCGGACAGCUGUGUCCUCAGCAACGGUUCCUCCCAACCGGGCUGGAGGUCCAACUAUCGCGGCGACUACAAGGAUUACAACUUGAAACCAAUUUGCACCCAGGAUUUACUAUCCUGGGCCUUCCAAGUAGCGCGCGGAAUGGAGUACCUCAGCCACAGAAAGGUAUUACACGGCGACUUGGCCGCAAGGAACAUCUUGCUGGCUGAAAACAACGUGGUGAAGAUUUGCGACUUCGGUUUGGCGAAAACCAUGUACAAGGAUGACAAUUAUAAAAAGAAAGGCGACGGUCCGUUACCGAUCAAGUGGAUGGCCAUCGAAUCGAUCAGGGAUCGGAUUUUCUCGACGCAGUCGGACAUUUGGUCCUUUGGCAUAGUUUUGUGGGAGUUUUUCACGCUAGCUGAGACACCGUAUCCGGGUAUGGAGGCAGAGAAACAGUACCAAAAGCUGAUCGAAGGUUACAGGAUGGAACAACCGAAAUACGCCACGGCUGAAGUAUACGACAUAAUGUUGCAAUGCUGGAAAGCCAAGCCUACUCUACGUCCAAGUUUCACGGAAUUAGUUCAGAGCAUAGGUGACUUGCUGGAGGACAGCGUGAAAGCGCAUUACAUCAGUUUGAACGCUCCCUACAUGGACAUGAACACAAUGAUACUAGAGAGCGGUAAAAACGACUAUUUGACGAUGUUGUCCGCUCCGGAUCACACUCUGUUCGUUUCACCGAGUCCCAAAUACACGAACUCGCCCGUACCCGAGAAUCCAACGGACUCCACGUACCUGUGCAUGAGCCCAACUAGCCAGCGAGACGAGUCCGGUAUAUUCAGCCCGAUGCUGCAACCCGGACGCAGCCAUUUCGAAUUCCCAUCGCCUACAUCCGACUCUGAGGACGCGGUGGAGAUGUCACCGAUGCUGAAAAAGGAUCAGGACGAGGACCCGUACUUGAAACCGAUAAACGUGCACGAACGAAGGGCAGAGUUCGCCAGGAGCAGGCAAACGACGAAGAAUCAAACGGUGGAUCCACCGAUGGACCGUGAUUCCGGCUACUGCAACACCCCGCGGAAUCUCCAGCUGAUAGAUCUGAACGAGAAGAGUAACAAAGACCCGGAAAGAACGGAGGGCGACGACAAGGUGGACUCGGUGACAAAGGAUUACGCGCCGUCCAUUAUCAGCACGCAGGACAAUUACGUGAACAUGCCCAAGCAGAAAGUCGAUUUGAGGAAAGAUAUGCCCGAAGGAUUCAGCAAUCCCAGUUACGCGAUGAUGAGUACUCGCGACACGGAUCAGACGAGGGUUUGAU